AUACUCUGUCUACGUCUACCAUGAUUUUUAAACUAGCAACACUGGUUGGCGUGGGUUCAUUAAAAUUUAGAAUACGAGAAGAAUCAUUGUUAGCGAUUUUAAUAGCGUGGGUCGAGUGUUUAAAAUAAUAAUCGUCAAUCGAAAAACACGGCCAGAGAGGAGUGCGGUUUUUAACGCCGCGUAGUGCAAUUUUUGCACAAAGGGCAUAAUGGCGCAACAAUACAGCCUGCGGUGGAAUAACCACCAAACAAACUUUAUAUCCAUGUUUGGCAAUCUGCUUCUUGCAAAAGAUUUAGUUGAUGUAACUCUUGCUGCGGAAGGUCAACAUUUAGUGGCUCACAAAGUAGUAUUGUCCGCCUGCAGCACAUUUUUCCAUUCGCUAUUUGUGGACAAUCCCUCACAUCACCCAAUAGUCAUUUUGAAAGAUGUGACAUUCAAUGAUUUACGCACAAUGGUGGACUUCAUGUACUACGGGGAAGUAAAUGUAACCCAAGAGCAAUUGCCUAAGGUUUUUGAAACCGCAAAAAUAUUAAAAAUAAAGGGAUUAACAGAGAUGCCUGAUCCUACGUCUCUCACAUGUGCUCACGGGACAUCGGCCGACUAUCCAAGUGUUGACAAAAGUGAAACUGUUAGGUUGUCUCACUUUUCUCCAGUUGCCUCACCUUCUAUUAAACGAAGAAGGCGUCGAAAAAGUUCAACUGGUUCAGCCGUAAAUCUGGCAUCAGAUGACAACAAGAGUGAGGGCUGUGCUCAAAAUAUAGAAGUAAUGCAAGAUGCCAUCACCUUGAGUAGUGAACCUCAACAAAAGCGAAGAGAAUUUGACGAGAGCCUGGAUUUGUCAGAACAGACAAACUCUUCAAAUAUCAAUAUAGACCAGAUUCAGCUUGACACAAAUGCAGUUGGAAUGUCACAAGGGCAAUGGAGUAUGUUGGAGCAUUCAUACCCUAGGUAUUCAAAUGCUUGUCUCGGAGGCGGCGGGCUUCAACAUGAUCAAGGAAUGUAUCUCAAUAAUGUGAUCAACCCGCAUGGAGACACAGAAAUGAAUCAUUACAGUCAGGCGCUCGUCCAAGGCCCCACGGCUGGUCCAAGCUGUAUCACCGAAGCUCAAACUGUACAGACUAUGAAUCAAACGCCACAAAAGCGACGUCGUGCCACAAACCCGCAAGCGGAAGAAAAUUUCCAAAGAGCUUUAGAAGCUGUCCGUUUUGGUGGAAUUGGCUUUUGCAAGGCAGCACGGAUGUUCGGCGUGAAUAACCGAACACUAUGGCUUGAAUAUAAGAAGAAAGGUUAUCCAAACAAUCGGCCGAGCAUAAAGAGCCGCAUCAAGCGCGAGCACGUGACGCCGCCGCCGGAGCACAAAGACGAAGUGCCACAGCAGAACCAACAGAUGGCGCUGAUCUGUCCGCCGCACCCCCUGCCCGUGGAGUACAUCGACCCGCGCCCCGUGGACUUCCCGGUGCAAGUGAACAACUCGCCCCUGAAUAUUAUCAACGGUGUUAACUUUCCGAUGCAAUAGAACGCGGCCUGCGGGGUGCAAGGCAGCGAGGCGUACUCGUUGUGACCCGAGUGUGCGGGCGGCGGCGGCGCGUGCGGCGCGCCCGCGGCCUUCGCUUGCGGCGCGCCCGCGGCCUACGCUUGCUACGCGCCGCUCCCGUCGCCGCCCUUGCGCCCCCAAACGUGCUUCGAUAUCUACAUGCAUAUGCCUUUGUAAAUAUUUGUUACCAUUAAUAACCAGUAUUACAUGAUACCCAGUAGGUAGACUGUUAUUUGUGCAUUGACGUACAAAACCGGUCGUAUGGAGACGUUCGUGUGCACUUCCUGAACAAAAGUAUUGAAGAGAGUGGACGCGCCCCCAACUCGUAGUCUAGUCGACGAGUUGAAAAUGGUACAGAAUAAAGCAGAUAAGAGCAGUAUCUCUAUUUUGUACCAUAUUCAACUCGUCGACUAGACUAUCACGUCCUUUAGUCAUAAGCCGUCUAUAAAGUAUGUUUAGAUCUCAUAGAACUGUAAGUGUAAAGAUAGGUAUUUGAUAUCAGCUUUUCAUAGUCUUAAAUUUAUAAUUUCAUUAUAAAUUAAAACUGCUUUAUUAUAAGAGUAUUGUAUAAAAGGAAUGAUGUGAUAGCGAAUUUAUUACAAAGUAUAUCGUAAUAGUAUAAUUAUAAUAGAUAGAGAUACUUAUGUCGAGACCAGUAUAAAACCAGUUUGAUGUUAGAAUAUCGUAAUUGCUGCAGUAUAUUGUUGUGAUAACUCCAUACAUGUAAGUUCUUACCAACUUUCUGUAAUCUGAUAGUUUAUCAAUAAUACAGAAACAUAAAAUUUGGAGAAUAGAUAUAUAAUAUUUAUUACUGUAUCAUUCAUAAUAAUUUGAUGAAUUCUGCUACAUUUCUCGUCUAUAUUUUUUAUGUAACAGCUACCUCUACAAAAGUAUUUCUUCUCAUAUAAUUAAUUAUAUUUGACCUCUAUUGCAUUUUUAUAUCAUAGACAUAUCAACAUCUUUCAAAAUCAUUGUGAUACUGUGAAUAAAAAUUUGUGUGAUAGCUCAUUAGACUUUUCAUGACGGUUAGACAAUUGUGCAAAAAUUUCAUAUCUGCACAUAAACAAGUGCAAAAGUUAUAUACAUCAGUUAAAGUUAAUCUUUAAUUGUUGUUUAUAGAGGGUUAAUAUAUAAAAGAGAGAAUGAAUUAAUGAAAGUAUUCCCAAAACUAAACAACAAAACUAGAGUUGUGAUUGCCCGGUGUAUAUGACCUCUUCCCCAGAUUCCGGGGCAUGCACCUCUAACUUUCAGUUGUGUGCAUUUUAAUAAAUAUUUAUCACGUGUCUCAAACGGUGAAGGAAAAACAUCGUGAGGAAACCUGCAUACCAGAGAAUUUUCUUAAUUCUCUGUGUGUGUGAAGUCUGCCAAUUUGCAUUGGGCCAGCGUAACCCCUCUCAUUCUGAGAGGAGACUCAAGCUCAGCAGUGAGCCGAAUAUGGGUUGAUAAUGAUGAUCAUGAUUUCCAAAACUUGCUGUGUUAUUUAAUAACUAUGGUGUUAGAGAAUUUUUCACGUUAAAAAUAUGUCAUGUCAGUCAGUUUUUGCUUUUAACAAUAAUACAAUCAGAAAUAUUAUAAAUCAUUUAAAUAAACUGUUGCAAUUGUUCAUGAUAUGAAAUUUUUUGUAUAUUUUUGUAGAUUUCAUGACAAGUCUUAUAAGCACACAUAUACAUCGGUAUUAUUUUUUGACAGGACUCUGAAGAUCGGCCUAUAGUACUGUACUUCACUUUUAUUAUACUUUUUUUUGACAAAGAAUAUACAUGAAUUUAAUAAUACUUUAUAAUAUAUCAGUAGACUGAUUUUCUGAAGAUAAUAUAAUUUUCUAUUUGCUGUGGGCGUGUUGCUGCCGUAUUUUUUACGCUUCGUAUGUUUAUCAUUUUUUCUACUUAAUUAUAUUUGCUGUAUUAUACCGUGUUGCGUAUAUAAAUCUUGGCGGGUUCCAAGAGUAUAAUAGGCUAGUUGACACUUUUUUUUAAAUGUACUUAAAUAGUUCAUUAUACUAGAUUGAAAUUUUUUUUUUCAUAAUUUUCGAGAUGACACGAAAAAAUUUAAUUUUUAAAUAUGUUUUUGACAAUACAUAGUAGUCAAAACGCGUGUCGGCCAUGACAGUAUAUUUCAACUGUUUCAUGACGUCACUAAAAUAUUAGUUAACAAUUAGUUCGACGUUUAGUACGUCAAGUGUUAGUGACGUCAGAAAAUGGACGACAGCGUUUUUAACGUUUGGAAAAUUUGAAAAAAUACGUAAUAUUUUAAUUACCUUUUUUAUGACAUCCUUAACUUUUAUUAAUUGAUAUCGAUAUAUUUCGGACCCUUAUUCCAUGUACUACACGAAAUUAAUAUUGUUUAUAUUAAAUUUGAUAUGAGUCAACUACCCUAUUGUAAUCCAAAGGUCAUUUCUGACGGACUCGUUUUCAGUGACCAUAUUGUUAUGCUGUGUGUCACACAAACUGCAAAUUCCUUCUGCAGAGAUAGGUCAGCUCCUUAACUAUAGUAUAUAAAACGUGCGUACAAACCGAUGUUGGUCAUUGCUUUCUCUCCCACGCCUCCACCCUCCCACCACCCCAACCCCUCCCCCUCUCCUCCCACUCUCUUCCUCCCUCCCCCCUACAAACAACAUGAAUGCUCGGUCUGUAACAUGUUACAUUAGGCCCAUUAAUACUGGUCUAUGUUUUCAUGAAUAUAAGUAAUAUUUUGUCUGGUACCAGGCAUCGUGAUUUGUAAGAUGUUCUUUGUCAUAAAACGCACAAACAACAGUGCCUCAUUUUUUCUUAUAUUAUGUACAUCAAGUGUUUUUGGAGUUGGUUUCUUUUAGGAUAGGUAUUCUUUUUUAUCAAAAUAUAGGUACGUAUUGGUAUCUCACGGUUUGAAUAGUUUGGUAUCUUUUUUUUUGAGUUUACAAUUUACAAUGCCUACUUUUUUAGUUAUUUACAUAACAAUGGUUUAACAUCGAAUAUUCAAUGUCAAAUAUAUUUUGUGAUUUGGUUUGAUCUCACGUUUAAUUAUGUGUUUCGUGUUCCUAAUAAAAAUGUUCGUCUUAAAUUGAUAUAGGUAGAUUUCAUACCUUGGUUGAUUGAAAAGGCAUCAUGGAGAGAUAUUAGAUGAUUUGUCUCAUGAUUGUCACAUAGUUACCCAAUAGUAUCAGAAUUAUGACAAUAGUGACCUAUCUCACGAAGACUUAGCUCAAUUUUUUGUACUGUGUGUAUAUUGCAUUAACACUUUCUUGCAAGUUACAUUAAAUUUGAUUUUGAUACAAAAAAACUGAAUUUACCUAUACAAUUAUGUUUCUUAUUUUUCAACUUAACCUAUAUAUAUCAGUAAACGAUAUUUAUAAGGUUAAUUAGCUUUUUAGUUUAUCCCGCAGUUUGUGUCUUAGAAGUCUUCGUGAAGUAGAUCUACUUGCAGGUUUGAUACAACUUAAAAUUAGCUUAUAAGCAAAAGAACAAUAUAGGAAGUUAUUUGAGUUAUAUAACAAUAUAACAAGUUGCUAUAUUGUUUGAAAGAAUCUACAAACGUACAAUAAUAAUGUUGUCACAACAGGGAUCUCCUUUGUAAAUACUUUAGGUAUAACUCUUUAUACAAAGAAACUUAUAAUAACUUUUUGCAUUAUAGCAAAAUACUUGCAUUUAUAGUCGAGAAAGAAUAAUCUUGAUGACAUUAUUUUAUAAGCGCGAUGAGCUAAAGUCUCGACCUUCCGUAGCAAUCUAUAAGUGCUCAUGAUGUUAUAUAAAAAUGAAUCAAUAUAUUCUUUGGUCACGCCAUAACUUAAGUACGACCGACCGAUAAGGAAUGAUCUAUAGUCUGGCAAGUUCGUUGAUGACACUCCCAUGAUAUGCGGGCGACGGGGGAAAGAUUGCGCGGGUGUGAAAUCGUGAGGUGCAUCAGUCGUGGGUUUUUCAUUCAUCGCUACACGCCCUCCGCGCGGACCAUCGAGAGUGUUACGAACGAAGUUGCCAAGCUAUAAUAAUUUAAUAUCUAUGAUAUAUAAUUAAGUAAUUAUUAUUAUAAGUGAUUCAAUUUAUUAUUCAAAUAUAUAUUUUUCUAUAAAUAAAAUGAAAUCCUAAUGAAUUUUUAAUACGUAAUAUUUCAACUCUAAUCGCUGAAUCUACAAAUUACACGUAGUUUAUGUAUCUAAAAUUAUAAUUACUGUUACUGGCAAAAAUAUCAAUAUUAAAAAUUAUUAUUUCUCUAUAUUUAUAAAAAUAUAACCAAAAGUGUUAGUUGCAGUCGUAACUUGUAUGCACUAUUUAUUUUUCUUUAAAACAUGUUUUAAAGCAUGUUAAAAUAUGUUCACCGACUUCAUUUCAUAGGGCACUCCUAUAUUUUUAUGUAAAUAAAAUAUGACUUUUUUGUCAUAACUUUUUUUACGCAGUACUUCCUGCCAUAACAAAAGGUAAAGUACUUAAACAACCUAUCAAUUGAUAUAUCGCAUUUUGUUAUUGAUAGGCAGGAUCCCAUAUAUUUUUGCCGGUCCUUUGAUUUCAUCAAUUAAAGUACUAGUUUUGUUGAUUUUGAUUGGACAAACGUAUACAAAAAUGUGUUUUCAUCAAUAGAAUAGUUUUAAUAAUUGUGACAAAAUUCCAUGUGGAUAUUGUGUUUUGUGUAUAGUAAAAUAUUGUUUAUUUUUUUUAUUUAAUAUUAUAUAUGAACUUAUUUUUGUCUAAUCUAUAUGAUGACAUAGUUGUGCCUGUACGUGGGUGUAUAUCAAUUAUUUCCUGGCAGUGGAACACAUUCAUAUUGUCAGGAGGAAUAAAUUCAAAUUCCAUUUAAUAUUAUUAUCAUCAUUAGGAAUUAAAUUGCUUUGAAGUUUAAAGAUGCUGAAUGAAAACUUGAACUUAAUUAUGGGGAUUUCAUUGUAAUGGCCUGUUUGUGACAUGCAGAAAUGGCGGCUGAGUUGUCCCAGUCACAUCUCUUUCGUCAAGUUUCGUCUCUACGCAAUGUUAGAGAUAGCUGUAUUUCCAGUUGCACUACUAUUGGUUAAAAUUUGACUAUUUUCUCUUCACGGGAUAUGUCGAAGGACGCAUGUUAACACUACAGGUCUAUGUACUAUACCACAUUAAGUACUUAACAUUUUUAAGAUGAUGGCGUCCUUCUAGCAGCUAUUUGUCAAAUGUCAUAUUUAACAAGUGCCUGAGUUAUGAAUUAAACUGGGGUUUGAAUAUCAUACUAUAAUUAUCACAUAACAUAUUUCAGUUAUAAAUCAUAUUAUGUUGGGUUAAUUUUUUUUCAGUUUGGACAUUCAUUAGAAUUUUAUUAAUUAUAUCAAUGACCUAAUGACAAUUGAAACCUGAGGCCUUAACAUGCGACCAAACGACAUAUCUCGUGAAGAGAAUUGACUAAAGUCAGUUCUGGCACCACCGGAAGUAUCGUUAUCUCUGGAACGAAAAUUGGGACUGGGACUACUGCGCCGCUAUUGGUUGAAAUUAUGUCCAUUUCUCUUCACGAGAGUCUUUGGUCGCAUGUUAGCCUGAAAUUCAUACCAUCCAUCUUCUUUGUCUACUAGUUUUGUACAAUUCAAUUAUGUAAAAAUAUGGCCAACUAUCGCCGAAUAUGAUGAAAAAUUGAAAAUAUAUAUUUCUAUCUAAAAUUUAUUAUAUAAACGAAUUCAGUAUUAUGAUUGUGAAAAUAUAAAAUAAUGUUAUAAUAUUGUCCUCUCAUUUUAGAUUGCGUUCUCGCAAAACGAAAUGUUUUUGUAAAAACUUUGUAAAACAAAAAAGUGUAAUGGUUAGGUAUGUAAAGUAUGUGUUUUGUUUCGAUUUGGAGAACGCAAUUUGGAAUUUAUGUCUAACCUACUGUAGGUUAGUCCGCAUUACACAAUAAUUGUUACAUUGUAUACUACCACUGUAUUUAAAACCAAAUUUGGCAAUAAAAGAUAGUAAAUGAUAGUUUUUCAAAAA